AUGAGCUCUUGCUAUGAGGAUGACAGGGACGAUGAGAAUGAUGAGGAUGAUGGGGACGACAGGGACGACGAGGACGACGGGGACGACAGAGAUGACAGAAAUGAUGGGGACAACGAGGACAACGAGGACAACGAGGACGACGGGGACUGUCGUUUUCUUUUGCGCUCAAAAGACUACGACACCCACGCCGACGAGGCUGACGACAACGAUGACGCCGCCGACAAUGACGACAACACUGUUCGCUCAACGGACAUAACGCCGAGGAGGCCGCUCCACCAAGGGGGCAACCACCACCAUGGCAGGUGGUGA